AAGGCAGCUAGGCCCCUGGCACUUUCAAACAAGAUUCUCGUUUUGCACUUGCAACCAGAUAUCUCUUCGGAAUCACGUUGGAACUUGGGGAAGAACUAAAUUUGGUUUGCUUGAAAGGCCGCAAACUGCCGAAGGCUCGCUACCUGGAACGCUCUGAGUGCCGUCCUUGCUCGAGAAGCGAUCAUUACCUGCCUCUGAUAGUAGAAGUGCUACAUAACAGUACAGUCAUUGGUGAUGCGUGUGUUACUGUAGAGACCUCAGGUCCUGUAGAGUAGACUGUGUAGUCUCUACCUGGCAUCAUAAUUAUCUUCCGCUAGUACUUUGACCCUGGGCGGCAUUUCAUAGAGAACUCCGGGGUAGCGCAAGCGCGCAAAACUGGCCUGGGUAUUCCCAGGAGCGAGCCAGAACCUAAAGAGUCGACCAUGGUCGACGGACGAUAAUUGAAUCGUUUUAUCAGUGAAUUUGAUCACUUCUUCUAGGCACCGAGCGACAGUAGGAGGCGGAGAGUUACGCAAAACCAGUAGCUGGGUAUUGUACCCCUCCACGUUUUGUGGUUGUGGAGGUACAGCGCUUGCGGACGCUAGCCGAGCAUUCCUGUGAAUUUCCGGCAGAAUGGCCGAAGGAGAAAGGCCCUCGUCGGGGCUGUGCAGCUCGUGUAGCGUAGCGAAAUUCCCGCAGCUGCAGUCUGCUCGAAAAGGUCAUGUCCAGUGCCUGAUGGCUAGCCUGGAGCGUGCUGGCUUGGUGGACAAGAAGGGCAGAUACGAGGCAAUGGAUGUUGAUGAGUAUGGCGCUACGGCGCUGCAUCACUGCUGCCGUCACGAUCAGGCUCAGUGCUUGAGCGUCAUUGUCAAGCUAGCGCACGUCAGGGAGUGCGUGAAGGCCAGGAACGGAGCGACGGCCUUGCACGAUGCAGCAGCCACCGGUUCACUGCGCUGUCUCAACUACCUGCUGAAGCACACGGAGCACAGCAUCACCAUUGGUGAUCGCUCGGGCAGCACACCGCUCCACUGGGCAGUGCAAGCAAAACAAGACGAUGCUGUGACGGCACUGCUCCAGUCCGAGGGUGCAACAUGCACUGUCAAAACCAAACUGGGCGUCACACCACUGCACAUGGCCGGUGCGAAAAACCAAGUGGGUAUUCUCCGACAGCUGGUGAACUUCUGCCUGGCUCACGGCGAGGAUAACGUCAUCAAUAGUCAAGCGAAAAGCGGCGCGACGCCAGCAUACUUUGCGGCUCAGGAAGGCAAUCUGGACUGCCUGCGUUACCUGGUUGAGGUCGGGCGUGCGGACCUGUCCAUCCGCGCCAAGGACAAGAUGAUGUGCCUGCACGCAGCCGCACAGCACGGCCAUCUGGCCUGCAUGCAGUGGAUCGUGGAGCGCUGUGGUGCGCAGUGUGCCAACGAGAGAGGCCCGGACAACGCCACCAUCGCUCACUUGACGGCCUCGCAAGGUAACUGGGAGUGUCUGGAGUGGAUCAUCGAGCAGUCGGUACUCAAUGGAAAAGAGCGCGAUCAUUUUGGAGGCACACCGCUGCACGAUGCAGCUGACAACAAUCACUUGGAAUGUGUGAAAGGCCUAGUUGAACAUGGUGUGCUGAUGAUAGCAACUGACAAUGACAACCACACCGCACUAGACCUGGCUAGAACAGCUGGGCACACUGAAGUGAUCGACUUUCUUGAGCAACACCUGGAGGUGCUGAAAGAGCAGGAAAGAGAGCGUCAGGUAGCUGCACUGCGUACCAAGCAACAAGAGGAACGUGAAAAGCGACAGAAGGCCAAGGUGGAAAAGCAACGCAAGAAGGAGCAGGAGAAGCUGCAGAAACUGCAACUCAAGAUGCAGCAAGAGGAGGAGAAGCAGCGACAAAGAGAGCUGAAAAGGCAGAAACUAGAAGCACAACUUGCAGCAGCCGCGGAUGACGCUGAAGCGGAGCAGGAAAGCGAAAAGGAUCCGCCCGACGCUAGCCUUGCCACUGCUGCUGCAACACUGGAUGAUUCCGGUACGAUAACGCUGCCGCCGAAAAACGAGGAGUGGGACAAACUGGAAGAUGAAGCACAUGCACUAGCUAUGGAGCGUGGCCUGGAUCAGUCAGGUGAGCAUGACAACUCCACGGCAGCCUCCGGAGAUGACAAACUGAACACAAGCGGAGCUGUUUCGUUCCAUCUCAGCGAGGACGAAAACAAGACGCGGAAGGCAAAGAACAAGAAGGAGCGCAAGGAGAAGUCGAAGACGCUGCGUAGCCUGGGCCGCUGGAUAAAGCGCUCCUCGUCGGACAAGAACGAUCCUGGCGGUGAUCGACGUGGGAUAAGCCGCCGAAGCUCCGUGUCCAGUACGGGAACAGAUCGGCGAUCCAGCACACCGGCAUCUCAGGUCAGCCUCGCAACACCUACAAACAGCCGUCCGGAGGUGGCGCCUACAUCGGCAGAACCAUCCGAAGACAAUCUCGACACGGAAGACGAAGACUUCUCCAAACCUCGCGGAUACGUGAGGAAACAGAAGAAACAUUUCGACACCAGCAUAAAGGAGAGGCAAAGCCACUUCAGCAGAUUCUGGCAGCGCCGUGCUGACAAGCAAGCGAACACAGCGUCGGAAAAGAGGACACUAGAGGAGCAGAGAGGCAACAGUAACGCUGGAGACGUGAGUCUCAGGGGAGUGCCGACGGUCACGGCCGAUGAAGAUGUUAUUGACGGUUUGGACGGGCCUUCAGAAGCAGCUGCAAGCUCAGCUCCAGCACCACGCAAAUCGCGUCUGCCCCGCGGCCUUGCCAACUUUCUGUCCAGAAACAGCAAGCAAACACUGGUGGCAGCGAGCCUGACGCCCGGAUCACAAUUCAGCUCUGCUGCGCCGAGUGCUGUGCCUUCCAGUGACAACCUGCUGACGGAUAACGAAGGCACUGAGCAGGAAGAUGACGUUGUCACUCCACCAUCAGUUGGGAAGGAAGGCAGACCCUCUGUCGAGGUCGUGAUGGUGAUCGGAGGCAACCAUGACGACCCUUCGGACGACGAAGGCAAUAGAGGCACGGGCCAGGGUGCCAGUGAAGCUGCUGGUCUGGGACCCCGUAGGUUUACAAUGGACACUAGGCAUGGCACGGCGUCUUCAUUGUCAACUGGUAUGACGACGGACACACACCGCCAGUGGACGCCAGCAGCCGGUGCUGAAACGCCAGCAGCUCAGACCGAAAGAACGAGCAUGAAUGCAAGCAACGAAGAGCCGCAGGGCGCGACGACCUCUCCAGACAGCCAGCUGAGAUUGUCUUUGCAGGCGCGCCAAGCAAACCUCGUAAGUGCCAUGAUGGCAGCGCCGUCAGCAUCACACAAUAUCAAUGAACCCGUGCAUACUGACACAGCAGUGACAGAGAGCUCUUCCGACACGACACGGCAAGGUCAGGACGCAUCAGUGGCCAAACCAACCAGUCUGGAAGAUUCAGCUUUCGGCAAGACAGGCUCAACAGGAAAGGAGAGCAAGAGCGAGCAUGUUUCAGGCCGUAGAUUCCAGGCCAGAGACACCGUACACCGCCCCAAAAAAGAACUGGUACGGCAUAGCUCCGACUUGCUCCUGAACGACUUGAAGUCGCAGAUACACAAAGAGGAUGACGAAGCAAUCCACAGUGCUAAGCAAUCUUCAACUGGCUUAGAGGACGCGCUGUUCGGAGCGGCCAGCAUGGAGCAUCUGGCCAGCGUGCGAGAACGCAGCUCAAGCCGACCGGACCUUUUUGUCACCCCAACAGACGUUGAUGAUGACCUUGAGGCAGCGCUGUUCAGAGCUAAGACGAAAGUGAAAGAGCGCGAACUAGAGGCGGUGGUCAGCCAGCCGAACCUUGAGAGCAUCGGCAAUGGCGGUGGCUUGGAAGAUGCACUCUUCGGGGCAAAGAGCAUGGAGAACAUUGCCAGCAGGCGAGAAAAGAUGACAUCAGGCAGCAGCAGCAGUAGUCAGCCCAGCAAUGUCCUAGCACCACCGUCGGGUCUUGAAGCUGCCCUCUUCAGCGCAAAGAGCUCAGAGCAAAUUGCGGACAAGCGAGAGAAUAGAGAACCUGUGCAAGAGCAUGAAAGUGAAGUGCCUCCUCCUCCUCCAGUGGAGAAGAGCAUAGAACAGAUGGAUGUCGAUCAUCUGCUACAAAAAGCAGCGGAUGACAUCACUACCGACAGUGGCAUCAAUAGAGACUACCAUGAUCCUACUUCUGCAGACAGCUCAUCGCCAUCGACAUUCAGCGAUGCCAGCGGUAUGGAACAACUUAGUACGCCUCUCAAGCCCAGCGGUAGCAGCAGCAGCAGCACAACGGCAUACGUGGGUGACGACAUGCUUCCCACCACCCUGUCGCUGACACCGUCGACAGGCACACUGGACACGAUUGAGGAGACGGACAAUGAGCCGAGUGGUGGCGCUGGCAGUGGCGAUGGAGAUGGUAAGGACCUGAGUCCCGAGGACAAGCAUCGCUAUCAGCUUGCCACCCUGCAGCAGCGCAGCGCCAGCAGCCUGACCGGAUCCAUAGAGGAUGGCAUGGAAAGCAGUCGGAUAUCAUCGCGCAGUGCCUCGCUUCCCACACUGGUGGAGUCUGACGUUGAAGACUGAAAAUCUGGAGUUUAAAUGCGUUGUACAUAUGAUUGAUGGUUCUGCAUAUCACUAUUACAAUAACUGGCUAAAGCUCUUUUGGACCAUUAUGUAAUCAUAAUGCAAAGCCCAUGCAAAAUCCAGGACAGUCAAUGGUUGAAAAUCAUAAUUGAAUACUUACGGUCACUGACCGCAUCAAUAACACCAACAGUUGAUUACAUAAUCAAUGUAUUAAUCAUUAUUUUGGAAAUUUCCAGCUCUGCUUUGGCUAACUGCA